AUGAAUCCAUCACAAACUAGUGAUAAUAUUGAAGAAAAUAAUGUUAGUUUUUUAAAAAAUGAUAUGCAAAACCAUAAAAGCAAACAGUUUGAAAAAGAGCCAUCUCCUGUAAACUUACCUUAUGAACCUGAAGCAGUUGAAUUAUUUGAUAUUAA